AUGUUCGACCCCUUUAACUUCUGCCUGAAGACGAGCGUGGGCAUCUCGGAAAUCCGGGGGUUGCGGAACGCGAGAGUGUUGGGUUGGGGCUGCGGCGGGAUCCGCGGACACCGGGAUGCUUGGCCAGCGUCACCCAAGACAGCACUUACUUCUUCGGACCGUUUGCACUUCCAAAGGCCCGAGUACCCGUGGAUUGAAUCGAUGACAUGUCUCCGAAUCAUACGAGCACGGAGGGUCCAGCCCCAUCGGCUGCCGCGCGCGCGAUCCGUUGCGACCGGACCUCGCCCUGUUCAAAUUGCCAGCUCGCCGGGGUUCAGUGCUUCACAUCGAGACGUGCCCCGAGAGAGAAGCGAGCUCGGGUCUUGA